GAGGCUCUGUCAUCCCAACCCUGGUCUCUCACCUGGACUGUUGAGAUCUUCAUUCUCUUUCAGGAAGAUUACAGCAUGCAUCAACCCUCUGAAGGAAGUAUGGAACUGUGGGAACCUGGUCAAAGCCAAGGGCCAUGUUUCUGACCUGUGCAAAACUGAGAGCAGACAGCCUACCUGCCUUCAGGUGACAGGGAGAACCGAGUCCCUCUACUGCUGCAAAGCUGCGCUCAUGGUUCUAACCACUGCUCAGAGGUGGAAGACUGGAAAGCCCAGACAGCCCAGGGCUGGCCCAGUUAAGUGACUGGCAGUAAGCGAAGUGUCAACCCCUCCAGGUCCUUGGGUUGCCUCCCAGAGAUGGCGUCAGACAUACCAGGAUCUGUGGCCUUGCCUGUUGCCCCCAUGGCAGCCACCGGACAGGUGAGAAUGGCAGGGGCCAUGCCUGCCCGAGGAGGAAAGCGUCGAUCCGGAAUGGACUUCGAUGACGAAGAUGGUGAAGGUCCCAGUAAAUUCUCAAGAGAGAACCACAGUGAGAUUGAGCGGCGCAGGCGGAACAAGAUGACUCAAUAUAUUACGGAACUCUCCGACAUGGUUCCCACCUGCAGUGCACUGGCUAGGAAGCCAGACAAGCUGACCAUCCUGCGCAUGGCGGUCUCGCACAUGAAGUCCAUGAGGGGCACCGGCAACAAAUCGACUGACGGCGCCUACAAGCCUUCCUUCCUCACUGAGCAGGAACUGAAGCAUCUCAUCCUGGAAGCCGCUGAUGGAUUUCUGUUUGUGGUGGCAGCUGAGACAGGGAGAGUCAUCUACGUGUCUGAUUCGGUCACUCCUGUCCUGAACCAGCCACAGUCAGAGUGGUUUGGGAGCACGCUUUAUGAGCAGGUGCACCCUGAUGACGUGGAGAAACUGAGGGAACAGCUGUGCACUUCGGAAAACUCCAUGACAGGCCGCAUCCUGGACCUGAAGACUGGGACAGUGAAGAAGGAGGGACAGCAGUCAUCCAUGCGCAUGUGUAUGGGCUCUCGGCGCUCCUUCAUCUGUAGGAUGAGGUGUGGAAACGCUCCCUUGGACCACCUGCCUUUGAACAGAAUAACCACCAUGAGGAAAAGGUUCAGGAAUGGCCUUGGCCCUGUGAAAGAAGGAGAAGCCCAGUAUGCUGUGGUCCACUGCACAGGUUACAUCAAGGCUUGGCCACCAGCAGGAAUGACCAUACCCGAAGAAGACGCUGAUGUCGGACAAGGCAGUAAAUAUUGCCUCGUGGCAAUUGGGAGGCUCCAGGUGACCAGCUCUCCUGUGUGCAUGGACAUGAGCGGCAUGUCAGUGCCCACAGAGUUCCUGUCACGGCACAACUCUGAUGGGAUUAUCACGUUUGUGGACCCCAGAUGCAUCAGUGUGAUUGGCUACCAGCCCCAGGACCUUCUGGGAAAGGAUAUUUUGGAAUUUUGCCACCCUGAGGAUCAGAGCCACCUACGGGAGAGCUUCCAACAGGUGGUUAAGCUGAAGGGCCAAGUGCUGUCGGUCAUGUAUCGGUUCCGCACCAAGAACCGGGAGUGGCUGUUGAUCCGUACCAGCAGCUUCACCUUCCAGAACCCCUACUCUGAUGAGAUCGAGUACGUCAUCUGCACCAACACCAAUGUCAAGCAACUUCAGCAACAGCAGGCAGAACUGGAGGUACAUCAGCGAGAUGGGCUGUCGUCAUAUGACUUAUCUCAGGUCCCAGUACCCAACCUACCCGCUGGUGUUCACGAGGCCGGGAAGUCUGUGGAAAAGGCAGAUGCAAUCUUCUCCCAAGAGAGAGACCCUCGUUUUGCUGAGAUGUUUGCAGGCAUCAGUGCAUCUGAGAAGAAGAUGAUGAGCUCAGCCUCAGCAUCAGGCAGCCAGCAGAUCUACUCCCAAGGAAGUCCAUUCCCUGCCGGGCACUCGGGCAAGGCCUUCAGCUCUUCCGUGGUCCAUGUGCCUGGAGUGAAUGACAUUCAGUCCUCCUCCUCAACGGGACAGAACAUAUCCCAGAUCUCUCGGCAGCUGAACCAGGGCCAGGUGGCAUGGACAGGCAGCCGUCCACCGUUCCCAGGGCAGCCCAGCAAGACGCAGUCAUCUGCCUUCGGAAUUGGAUCAAGCCACCCUUACCCGGCUGACCCUUCAUCCUACAGUCCUCUCUCCAGCCCAGCUGCCUCCUCACCAAGUGGAAACGCAUACCCCAGUCUUGCCAACAGGACUCCAGGGUUUGCUGAGAGUGGACAGAGUGGCGGGCAGUUCCAGGGCCGGCCCUCGGAGGUCUGGUCCCAGUGGCAGAGCCAGCAUCACGGACAGCAGAGCGGUGAGCAGCACUCGCAUCAGCAGCCUGGCCAGACUGAAGUGUUCCAGGACAUGCUACCCAUGCCGGGCGACCCGACGCAGGGGACUGGCAACUAUAACAUCGAGGACUUUGCUGACCUGGGCAUGUUCCCUCCAUUUUCUGAGUAGCUUCAGGCAAAGCCAGGCUUCUACUGCCCAGACGCUAUUAUCAUGCCAUAGAUGCCCAUGUUCAAAGAGGGUCCCCCUCACCCAGCUUGCCCUGCUGUAGAACCCCCAGAAAUCUCCCUUAUUCCCCAUCCUCCCUGGACAUGGCAUCACCUGGCUCUAACCCACAGCCCUGGCUUCUUGGGUUUGGGAUCUUUGUAUUUAUUGUACUUUAUCUGUGUGCUCGGAAGGGGGCCGCCAGGGUCUUAAAUCCCAUUGUGAAUAAUCUAUUAAUGGACAAUUUGCACCCAUCAAGUGUUUGCUUGAUCCACAAUGGCUGGCAGUACCAGCAGGUCUGCCUGGUGCAGAAGCUGGGUUUCUUUCUGCUUUUUCACGGCUGCUGCCUCGGAGGCUUGGUGUCAGAGUGAAAGGCAGUGACCUCUGCAUUCUGUGCUGGAGCCAGGAGCACAGGAUGGGAGUCUCCCACACUAGCUGUCCUUGACGGCCUGGGGCCAGGUGUGCUUUAAACCUGAGAAUCAACGUUGUGGCUUGGUAGAUGUACUGUGGCGUGUUGGUGUGUGUGGCCAGUGAGAGUGAGAAGCCGUCCCCAUUCAGCUGCAUUUCAAAGGAAAGCGUGACUGGGGCCUGGGAGCUGGGCUGACUCCCUGGAAGCCAGGGCUGGGGAGCUGCCCACUCUGUAGUCAGUUCUUUGGUCCCCUGCCCUUUUACAGACAUACUUUACUUCUUAAAGUCUCUAGUCCUUCUGUCCUAUGCGAGCACUCACGCUUCUCUUACUAAGCCUGAGGGACAGUGUCCUGAUUCCAUAAAGGUCACUGCAUCCUCCCUGCUCUGCAUCUGAGCAGAGCUGUUUUCUGCCCAGCGCCUUCAGAAAGUCAGACCCAGUCCUCCUCUGUACAGGGUUAGGAUACCUCGACUCUAAGUGUCCCUGACACCUUCUGCUCAGUAACUUGGAAAGAAGAUGGGGCCACACUCUGGGUGGAAAAGGGUGCCUUGGGCCACCUGAACCUCUGUCCUCAUCAGGCAGGAGAGGCAAGGGUACCUCAGGGCAGACACAGCCAGGCGCCUGUGAGGCCAGAGACUCUGUUCUGCCCAAGCUUCUACAAAGACCUGAAUUCCUCAGUGGUCUUAAGGUAGAACUAUGAACUAACUUCUAGAACAAUGGUUCUCAGCCUGUGGGCUGUGUUGGGGAUGCCAGACAACCAUUUCACAGGGGCCGCAUAUCAGAUACCCUGCAUAUUAGGUAGUUACAAACGAUACAUACAUAACAGUAGAAAAUCACACUUAUAAAAUAGCAAUGAAAAUGAUCUUACGGUUAGGGUCACCACUACAUGAAGAACUAUAUUAAAGGGUCACAGAGUUAGGAAGGUUGAGAACCACUGUUCUAGAAGUGUCUUGCUGGCUUAUCUCUGACAUCAGAGUCCCUGUGUCAGUCAGAUUUAAAGAGCUUCAGAUUCCACCCAUUCCACCCUGCCCCUCCCUCACUCCAUGUGCUGCUCUGAGUUCUCUCUGGCUUUUGGGAAGCUGGGAGUACAAGAGGCUCCAGGGUGCGCAGGGGCGGAAUGAGCCUGGAGAUUAAGAGCCUGGGGGCACCACUCCAUUCAGAAGCUAAGCUCUGCCAGUGUUUGCACAGGACUCACUUGCAAAGUUUGCUUGGCUCAGCAGACUGCCCUUGGCAGCAACCCACCCUAGGGGAUCCCGUUCCUGACAAACUCCAGCCCCAGAGACCUUAGGCAGCUUUGAAUCCUUCCAUGGAGAGUAGUGACACAGUCAGAGCUUCAUCCCAGACUCAGAACCCCCAAACAGUCUCUCCUGGAGCUGGCCCCAGGUGGUGAGCAUAAGUUACAAAAGGGAAAACAAGGCCCAAAGCUGGCUUCAGGAGCAAAGAAUGCUUUGUAGUGUAGAACAGCCCUUGACCUUUAGCUUGUGAAUUAAGAGGUGUGGAAGCUAUGGGUUUGGUUUUAUUGCCUUGGGUGGGAAGUGGGGGCUUUUCUUGGGUGUGACAGCCCUGGGCUCAGGGCCCUAAGGUCUGCAGAAGAAAUAGGACAGGAUUCUUGCUUGCUAUCAUUUCAUGCUUUCUCUCUGUUAAGAAGUUGAGGGUAAAGCCAACUCAGUCCUUGGUCCUGGGAGCAGAGGUGGAGGAUUGUUCGGCAACCCAGACAAUAGCAAGCACUGCUUUCAAUGGUUCCUGCGUCUCCCCAGUCUUAUCUAGGGAGUUCCAUGGGCUAGAAGGUGGGGAUUUAGGCGGGCCUGAGUUCUGGAUCUUUUCCAUACCUCUUCGGCUUCUAUGUUGUGAUUCUCCAAAACACAUGUGGAGGAGGUGGUGGGGGGAGAAGUCAGAAAUGAAGAAUCCCACCCCACAAGGACUUCUCUCACCCAAGUAUUUUUUGAAACACACAGGAGUCAGAAUCAAUGCCAUUAUCCUGCAAAAGAUGUCCCUUCAUAUGUCCCCUGCAGAGGAAGCCAAUAUACUGGUCCUCCAGUUAAUAUCCUUCCAGCUACCUGUCCUGGUGAUGGUCUUAGCAGGCUAGGGAUGGAUAGGGUAUGCUGGCUUCCUGCAGUUCUAUACCUCAUCACUUCAUUCGCUGCUGAAGUCCAAUUGGCUCCUCGUGGGCAGAGCAAGCAGGAAAGGGACAUGCAAGGACCACCUGAGUCAUUGGUAAGGACACAGGAGCUCUAGAAGAAUGGGCCAUACAUAGACUGCCCGGCCAGCCAAGGAUGGUUCUAGAACCCUGCCUCCCUGUCACUCCUGUUUGUUUCACUGUGGUUUCAGGGAGCGGGUGAGCCAGCGUGCGCAUCCACAUUCAUCAAGCUCAGCUCAGCGUGUUCUUGCAUCAUAAAGUGACUAUUGUGGGUAGUAGUAUUUGGAUUGGUGACAUAACCUGCUGAGGAACUCCCACUCCCCUGUCAUUAGGAUAGUGAGGCCCCAGGUUAGCCCACUGGCAACCAAGCACACUCCCUUCAGCUCUGAGCUAGAGAUCUGGCAGGUCCAGGAAGUGAGUUCUGCAAUCUCCUUCUGCAACACAGUCCAGCCGAUGAAUAGUAGCCACUCCCAAUGUGAGCUCAGCCUGUCUCACAAGCAAAAACAAGCCGUUUGCUAAUCCCUAAUAGCAAGGCAAAAUUAAAGCCCUCUUUGUAUGUGGCCAUGGAUUGCUAUGUCCUAACUUGCCCAUCCAUCCUUCCCUCCCAUCCCCUCCUGAGCUGAUGCUCACCUAAAGUGCCACCACUGGAGAUAUUGAAGUAAGAAGGGUCAUGAGCUCAGGAGUUCAAGACCUACCUGGGCAACAUAAUGAAACUAAUCUUAAAGACAAAUAUAUAGCUGAGUAACUUGGCCACCUUUCAUGUGGUGAGAAGUCACCAGCUCCCUGGCUGCCAGCUUCCUCCAUUGCCUAGAAUCUGGGACAGCUUUGAAGACAUAGCUCCAUGUGUGACAUGCCAUGUCUUGUGCACUAAGCUGGGCUAGUUCAGGUAGCCUGCAAAUCCUUGUGGCUACUGGCUAUAACAAAAUGGAGCUUUUCACAGGUCAUCCAGGGCCCAGCUGUUUGCUUUGUCUAACCGUCUCUUUCCUUAAAGAAAACUUCACAAGCAGGCUUCCAAGAACAGCAAGCACUUACUCGUCUCUCUCUUAGCCUUUCUUAUGGAUGUGAACUGUGCUGUGGGUAAAUCAUUUGUAUUUCUUGAAUGUUCUGUAUGACUAACAGGUAUUAAGUCACUGGGUAUAUGUAUAACUAAUGUAACUGCCUUUUAAAUUUUCAUUACAAUAAAAAAUGACUUUGCUCUGAAA